AUGACCUCUACUAAUCCUCGCCCAUUGCCAGGGCAACCAUCCAGCAUUUCAAAUCCCUUCGUGGCAUCUGAGCAUGCUGGUGACGACAAGAGACACCUUCUCCUAGCCUCCAGCGGUAGCGUUGUGACUAUCAAGCUUCCCAACAUUUUGAAGGAGCUGUCCCGUUACAAUGAACUUUCUAUUCGAAUUGCCUUGACAAAAGCCGCUGAAAAAUUAUUCGCAGGCCAAAGCGCCGAGCAGCCUUUAUUUACAUCUCUCUACAGUGGCAAGAAUGUUGACGGGAUAUACCGUGAUGAGGAUGAACGGGACAAGCCAUGGGUGAGAGGGAGGGGGGUAGGGGUAUUCUUCACAUUGAGCUACGACGUUGGGCAGAUAUUCUCGUGA